CCUUGGUCUCCAGGCGACGGAGCCCCCCAUCGCCCCCCCAUUGGUCAGAGGCGGAUCGGGGCCAGCAGAGGAGACCCUUCUUCCCCGAGAGGAGAUCCAGGGAGGGAGACCCGAGGAGGAGCAGGAUGGGGGGGUCCCUGGGGGCCAAGGCCUCUUCUCUGGCCCCCCUCCUGGCAGCAUCUCUCCUGAGCCUGUGCUUCAUGUUGACUGGAGGGUUCAAGACCACAACUAUCACGGCAGACCCAUCGAAGCCGCUGGAAGGACAGAGUCUCAGCCUUACUGUCUCUGACAUCCCAAACAACACUGUGAGCUGCCGCUGGUUCCGAGGGGAAAUUAUUCACGGCAAACUCAUCCUCAUCACUUACCGUCCUCCGAUUAUUGGGACGACAGAAGGAAACAGCUUCACUGGGCGAGAGGUCCUGAAGCCCGACUGCUCCCUCCACAUCCGAGAUUUAACCGUGAAUGACUCCGGAUCCUAUAGUGUCUUAAUGGAUGGCCCCGGGAUUUAUGCAGAGGGGAAAAUGGACAUUGUGGUGGCAGCUCUUGAGACCGAUAAUGAUAGCCAUCAUGAUACCAAUAAUGGGACUGAUGUUGAUACUCGCGGAUUGUCUACAAGCAGCAUUGCUGGCAUUGUCGUUGGGUGCACGUUGUAA